UUCUCCCAAUAAUUUCCAAAGCAAACCCCUCCCUCCCUCCCUCAUGUCCCUUUCUACAAUAACCCUAAAACCCCUCUUGUUUUCUCUUCACAACCACAAAAAUUGAUCUCUCAUUUCAACAUCCUACAUAUUUUUUUCUACUUUAAAUACAUUUAACUCCCCAAAUCUUCAUAAUCUUCAUCUUCAUUUUCCUUUGAUAUACACCUUUUAAUUUUAGUAUACUCAUUAUCAUGUCCAUUACUGGAAUACAUCCUGAGAGUACUACUACUACUACUGAAAAAAUGUCCAAGAAAAUUAUCCAAUGUAGGAAUAAUUCAGGAGAGAUUGAUGUUUUUGAGGCUGCAAAGUAUUUUUCAGCUGCAAAUGAUCAAGAUUAUUAUUCUUGUUACAACAACAACCAUAUUUUGCACAACAACAACAACAAGCAAAAUUUGAGAAGUGGAAGAAUGAGUCUUGACAUGCCUAUGUUGAGAAAUUCUUCAUCUUCAUCACUUGUUGUUCCUUCGCAAACAACAACUUAUCAUCAUCAACAACAUCAUCAUCAUCAACAUCAUCAUAUUAUGGAUCAAAAACCAAAUAUGAUCAAACAAAAAGGUCAAAAGAAGUACAAGCAACCAAGUUCACCAGGAGGAAGACUUGCUAGUUUCUUGAAUUCCCUUUUCAACCAAACAUCAUCCAAGAAAAAGAAAUCAUCAUUAAUAGUAUCACAACAAUCUUUGAAAGAUCAAGAAGAUGAUCAAAGCCCAAGUGGAAGAAGGAAAAGAAGAAGUAGCAUUAGUCACUUUAGCUUUAGAAGCUCAAGUAAUAUUAAUACUACUAAUAGUACUAACAGUACUAGUAGUGAUUCAAAAUCAUCAUCAAAUAGUGGAUUUAGAACUCCACCUCCUUAUACUCCUACUCCAACAAAAUCCUACAAAGAUUUCAAAAACUUUGCAUAUAGUGAUCAUCACAAGAAAACCAACAUCAUCACUGGUGAUUAUUCUUGGUUGGAUGACAAGUUAAAGUUGAGUAGCAAAAACAAUGGAGUUUAUAAUAAGAUCAAUAACACAAACAAUGGAUUGUUAGUAUCAUCAGAGAAGAGCAAGACAUAUAACAAAGUUGUUGAUGUUGAUGAUGAUGGAGAUAGUGAUUCAAGUUCUGAUUUGUUUGAUUUGCCAAAUAUUGACUUGGAUUACUAUUCAUCAAGUGGUUUGCCUGUUUAUGAGACUACACAUAUGGAUAACAUCAAGAGGGGUGCACCAAUUUCAAGUGGAGCAAUUUGAAGGGGAGUCUUGACCUAUGUUGCUCAUACUCGUCAAAAAUGUCAAUGGGUGUGUGUCGGAUUCGUCAAAACUAGUGUAUUUUUGAAGAAUCCGACACGGGUGUGCAACGUCAAAAAUUAAGAGUCCAAUGAAGUUAGGGAUCCAUGUCAUGUAACUAGGAAUGCAUACUACAAUAGUUCAAUGUGGUCUAAUCCAUCUGAACCUCGUGCAUGCAUAGCAAAAGCUUAGUCCACCAAACCCUUUUUAUUUAUUUUGCUUUUGUUAAUUUCCAUCUCCUUCACAAAAUACUCAUAUUGAGUUUUUUUUGAAAAAAUUUUUUGUGGUUGAUGUUUUAGCCAUGAAAAAGAAAGUCUUGAUUUUCUUGUCAGGAUAUGGCCAUAGAUCUGCCUUUUUCUUUUUUUGUGAUUCUUUAGAAGUUUUCGCAAAGCUUUUUACUGUUUGUACAGUUUGAAAUGUCUUCUUUGCCUUGA